UCGCCGUCAGUCACUCCAUCCAACGGUCCACAUCUCCCCAGCACUCGUGCUUAUCACUCCAUUCUCUCUUCACUUCAGUGUUCUCUCUCUCUCUCUCUUUGUUCAACACCCACUUUUCUCUCUAAAAAUGGCGAUUUCAAUAACCGAUCAUCGUCGUUUCUCAACGCGAACCAACAAAGAUUGUUCAUUUUCAAUCCGAUCUCUGUAUCUAUGAGUGAUUUGAAAAACUCACUUUGAACAAAACACAUUGUUCAUCAUAAACUCAAUCAAAGCUUUAAUUUAUAGCUUUUGAUUCACAGUUUUGAUGAUGAAAUUAACUUAUUCAACGUUCUAACACCGUAAAGAUCGAGUUUUUGUAGGUUUUUUUUGUUGUUAAUUUUAAGCUCACAAAGUUCUGAUUUUUGUUACAGAGUCUUGUGUUAUGUAUAUAGGAGGUUAUGAUUACUGAUAGUUAUUCGAAGAUGAUGUCUGAUAUCGGAAUGCGAUCGAUGCUUCAGAGCAACGAUUACAGCGAAGAGUUAGGGUUGUUGCUCAGAGAGCAACGAAGGCAAGAGGUUAAUGAUCGAGAGAGAGAGACGAGUCUGUAUCGCAGUGGUUCAGCUCCUCCCACUGUUGAAGGAUCGUUGAACGCCGUCGGAGGCUUGUUCGUCGGCGGCGGCGGCGGAGGUGGUGGUGUUGAUUUCGGUGGUCUAUCGGAGGAGGAGCUGAGGUCUGAUCCGGCGUACAUUUCGUAUUACUAUUCGAAUGUGAAUCUGAACCCUAGGCUUCCGCCGCCACUGCUGUCGAAGGAGGAUUGGAGGUUUGCGCAGCGAAUGCAGGGGGCGAGUGCGAGCUCAGGUUUGGGAGGAAUUGGAGACAGGAGGAAGGUGGGUAGAGGAGGUGGUGAUGGAGGUAACAACAGGUCUCUGUUUUCAAUGCAACCGGGGUUUAAUGGGAAGAAAGAAGAGAAUGGAAUCGAGUCGAGGAAGCCGCAGGGAGCGGCAGAGUGGGGCGGUGAUGGACUCAUCGGAUUGCCGGGGUUGGGAUUGGGAACUAGACAGAAGAGCAUAGCAGAGGUUAUUCAGGAUGAUAUAAGUCAUGCAACAUCUAUUUCUAGGCACCCUUCUCGUCCUGCAAGUCGAAAUGCAUUUGAUGACAAUGUUGAAUCUUCUGAAUCCCAUUUUGCUCAUCUGCAUCAUGAACUGGCAUCAAUUGAUGCUUUACGUUCUGGUGCAAAUAUCCAAGGCAUGCCUGCAGUGCAAAACAUUGGUGUAGCUGCUUCUCACACUUAUGCUUCUGCUUUGGGUGCCUCCUUGUCGAGAAGCACUACUCCUGACCCUCAACUUGUUGCCAGGGGUGCCAUUCCUCUUGUUAUGGGAGGGAUGACCAGCUCUAUCGAUAAAAGAAAUAUUAAUGGUCCAAAUUCGUUCAAUGGUGUGUCGACUGGUAUGAGUGAGCAGGCAGAUCUAGUAGCUGCUUUGUCUGGCAUGACUCUAUCAACAAAUGGGUUGAUAGAUGAAGAGAACCAUUCCCGGUCUCUAAUUCAACAAGAGAUUGAUGAUCAUCAGAACCUUUUCCAUUUGCAAGGUGAUCAGAACCAUAUUAAACAACAUCCUUACCUAAAUAAUUCUGAAUCAGGGAAAUUUCAUUUGCAUUCUGCUUUGCAAUCAGCCAAAGCAUCCUAUUCCAAUGUGGGUAAAACUAGUGGCAUAGGGAUGGAACUGAACAACUCUUCCUUGAUAGCUGAUGGACAAGUUGAACUUCAUAAACCUGUGUCCUCUGCAAGCUCAUACUUGAAAGGACCUUCUACUCCAAUUCUCAAUAGUGGAGGAAGUUCACCAUCCAACUAUCACAAUUUGGAUAGCCCAAAUUCAUCAUUUUCAAACUAUGGCCUAAAUGGGUAUUCCGUUAAUCCUGGAUCACCAUCUAUGAUGGGAAACCAGCUUGCUAAUUUGCCACCUUUGUUUGAAAAUGUUGCUGCUGCUGCAUCAGCAAUGGGUGUCUCUGGCAUGGAUUCUAGAGCAUUGGGUGGAGGUUUGGCUUUAGGACCAAAUUUUAUGGCAGCAGCAGCGGAACUGCAGAAUCUUAGUAGAGUUGGAAAUCACAGUGCAGGGAGCGCUCUUCAGAUGCAACUCAUGGAUCCCUUGUAUCUUCAGUACCUGAGAUCAACUGAGUAUGCUGCUGCACAGGCUGCAGCCCUCAAUGACCCAACAAUUGAUAGGGAAGGCAUUGGAAAUUCGUACAUGGAUCUGAUUGGACUUCAAAAAGCUUACCUGGGGACGUUACUUUCAACUCAGAAAUCACAGUAUGGUCUUCAAUACGUUGGUAAAUCUGGUAGUUUAAAUCAUAAUAAUUACUAUGGAAACCCACAAUUCGGUCUUGGUAUGUCCUAUCCUGGAAGCCCAUUGGCAAGUUCCCUCCUUCCAAACUCCCCUAUUGGAUCAGGUAGUCCAGUCAGGCAUAGUGAGCGGAACAUACGUUUUCCCUCUGUUAUGAGGAAUGUGGCUGGUGGUGUCAUGGG